AUGCCGGCCAUUGGACCUGGCUGCCACCACGCCGUUGGCCGUCAGCGACCCGGAGAAUUGCAGACCCAUGCACGCAAUUUACCCCCAAGCAUCAACUGUGAGGAGCGGUCCGUACCCGGCUGUCAUACAGCGCGCGCCUCCAGCCAGUACAACGUUGGGCCGCGGCCCGGUCAUCGACCCUCAACCACCACCGUCUCCGUGUCAAGACAUCAUGGACCGGGUCACCUCUCCCAACCUCCCAGACCCCGAUUCCGUCUGCCAUCCUACUCGCCGACCAUUUUGUCCACUUCAUCAUCUGCCGACUCUAGACUCCCUUCCGUGGCCUGUUCUAUUCGCUGGCUCAAAGGAGAUCGAAUCCUUCGCGCCUGUUUCCUGCAAGCUCCCUGGCAUCCCAUUUGCCAGAUCCACGCCAGCUUGCGCGCCGCAAACUUUUGGAGCACAUUCAACUCGUGUUGGUCCACGCAAGCGGUGUGUUAUGUUAGUGCGUCUAUGGCGUCUUGCGAAUCCUUCCGUUGGGCUUCGAUGAUAGACGCGACGUGGAGGAUCCAAACAGGGCCCUCGGCCUGGAGGAUCGCGCUUAAUACGCCCCUGAAGACGACGAUCAAGCUCUUCUCUUGCCACGCCCUCGGCGUUGCUAGUAAUCCGUUCAUUUGCCGCGCGAUACUUCAGCAUCGAAGAUUCCAGACAGCAGAGUCAGAGAUUGAAUCAGGUUUUCUAGUUCCUUCAAAAGCCAAUGAUUCCUCUGAUAUCCUCGAAGGCACGUUGAUCGAGGUACGUCCUCGCGCACCAGAGUCUACCUUAGUCGCCAUCUCCUACGUCGCGACGCUCAUCAAACAGAUCAGAGCAGCAUUCGCGCCUCAGAUGCAAUAA